AUGGCGACGGCCUUGAGAGAGGAGGAGCUGGACAACGAAGACUACUACUCGCUGCUGAACGUGCGCCGGGAGGCCUCUUCUGAAGAGCUAAAAGCUGCCUACCGGCGGCUCUGCAUGCUUUACCAUCCCGACAAGCACCGAGAUCCAGAGCUCAAAUCACAAGCUGAGCAACUGUUUAACCUUGUCCACCAGGCUUAUGAAGUUCUCAGUGAUCCCCAAACCAGGGCCAUCUAUGAUAUCUAUGGGAGAAAAGGACUGGAAAUGGAAGGAUGGGAGAUCGUGGAAAGGAGACGAACGCCUGCUGAAAUCAGAGAAGAGUUUGAGCGGCUUCAGAGAGAGCGGGAAGAAAGGAGACUUCAGCAGCGAACCAAUCCCAAGGGAACCAUCAGCGUGGGAGUAGAUGCCACGGACCUUUUUGAUCGCUAUGAUGAAGACUAUGAAGACGUUCCUGGAAGUGGUUUCCCUCAGAUUGAAAUCAACAAAAUGCACAUUUCCCAAUCCAUCGAGGCACCCUUGACAGCAACAGACACAGCCAUCCUCUCUGGAAGCCUUUCAACCCAGAAUGGGAAUGGAGGAGGUUCCAUUAACUUUGCCCUUCGGCGAGUGACUUCUGCAAAGGGAUGGGGAGAGUUUGAAUUUGGAGCUGGAGACCUCCAAGGCCCUUUAUUUGGCCUAAAGCUGUUUCGUAACCUUACACCAAGAUGCUUUAUUACGACCAAUUGUGCUCUGCAGUUUUCAUCCCGGGGAAUCCGGCCUGGCCUGACCACUGUGUUGGCAAGGAACCUGGAUAAGAACACCAUGGGCUAUUUGCAGUGGCGAUGGGGCAUCCAGUCAGCCAUGAACACCAGCAUCGUCCGGGACACAAAGACCAGCCACUUCACUGUGGCCUUUCAGCUUGGUAUCCCCCACUCGUUUGCAUUGAUCAGCUAUCAACAUAAAUUCCAGGACGAUGAUCAGACGCGUGUGAAAGGUUCUCUCAAGACCGGUUUCUUUGGGACGGUGGUAGAAUACGGAGCAGAGAGGAAGAUUUCUAGGCACAGUAUUUUAGGAGCUUCAGUCAGCAUCGGCAUCCCACAGGGCGUGUCUCUCAAAAUCAAGCUAAAUAGGGCUAGCCAGACUUAUUUCUUCCCUAUUCACUUGACGGAUCAGCUCCUUCCCAGUGCUAUAUUCUAUGCCACCGUGGGACCUCUGGUUGUCUACUUUGCCAUGCACCGACUAGUCAUCAAACCGUACCUCAGGGCGCAGAAGGAGAAAGAACUGGAGAAACAGAGGGAGAGCACAGCCACCGACAUCCUGCAGAAGAAACAGGAGGCAGAGUCUGCUGUUCGGUUGAUGCAGGAAUCGGUCCGAAGAAUAAUUGAGGCUGAAGAGUCCAGAAUGGGACUGAUCAUCCUGAAUGCUUGGUAUGGCAAAUUUGUCAAUGACAAGAGCAGGAAGAACGAGAAGGCCAAAGUGAUCGAUGUGACCGUUCCCCUACAGUGCCUGGUAAAGGACUCCAAGCUCAUCCUCACAGAGGCCUCCAAGGCUGGACUCCCUGGGUUUUAUGACCCCUGCGUGGGUGAAGAGAAGAGCCUCAAAGUGCUUUACCAGUUUCGAGGUGUGCUGCACCAAGUGAUGGUGACCGACAGCGAGGCCCUCCGGAUACCAAAGCAAUCUCACAGGAUUGAUACAGAUGGAUAAAUCUUGUGGGAAAACGAAGGGUCAGUACCCGAGUCAAGAAACUGCAAAACCUCUUUUCCUGGGAGUCUGCAAGUUUGAAAACACAUGAAACAGAAACCUCCAGAUGUUUUUAUUUUGUAUUAUUCCCGUAGAAGGCCAUUUACCAAUUAUGGGAAGGGGCACAUGAACACGCCAGCUUUCACAGGUACUGUAGUACUUUGGCAAUACUGCCCUCCCCUAGAACUGCAGAGCUGACCGAUGGCUGUUUCCUCAAGGAGCCGGGGGGGCCAGAUUGUGGCCCUGCUGGGAAAAGGACCACAGGGGGCCCAGAGCCCUGAGGCCUUCUGUCAUAUCCUCCAGCAUCUGAGCUGACAGUGACCCAUCCACCCCAAAUGGUUCUUUCAUGAGGCAUCUAUGGAACAUCAUACCCUCCCCCUUAGUUCUGGGGGCUUCCCGCAAACCAAGUGGAGCCAUGGCUUGGCCCCCAUGACCAAGAGACUGGGCAUCCUCCCCGUCUGAACUUCCUCCCACCAACAUCCUUGUCUUGUGGUGAUUCACUGAAAAGUAGAUUUGGAGACAUUCUGAAUUUACCAAACGCUUGUUACUUGAGAACAAUGUAUCUGGAAACUCUCUCUGCCUCUCCACUGCUUUAUUUGUCUUUACAAUUACCACUAAAACUGCCGAGGCCCGGGAUUCAGCUUUCUCAUUUGUUUCCUUCCUCCCAUGUGACCAGCAUCUUUGUAAACAUUACCUGCCUCUCCCCCCCCACAAUGCAUGGAACACCAUGGAUCUUUCCCAAGUUUUCACCUAAUCUGGCUGAGAACUAGGAUCGCUACCACUCACUGCACAGUCUGGAGAGGAGCAGGCUGCAGGGAGAAAGGGCCUGGGAGGGGGUGGGGGGAAUCCAGCCAAAGUUCUGGAGAGGUGCCAAAUGGAGGGAGGCUUCUUGUAGGAGGUGAGCAGUGUAGGAAUCCUUCCAGGACCCUCCCAGACCUCCAGCAGGUGGCCCAGGGGCAUCUCCCUCUGGGGAAGCUGCCUUGGGGCCGAUAGGGAUGGUACGGCCUCCCCACCGAAGGCCAGGCUGUCUAAGGGACAGGGGGUGGCCCCUUCAUUCUCAGUGGCAUCAUUCUACUCUCGAAGGGCCCCUUUCUUAACCUGCCUGUUCUGUGGAUACAAAAGAUGUCAGGAACCAGGAUACACUUGAAUAGUCUUCCAAGUUACCUGUAGUAAACAACCUAACAAGCAAAGGGGCCUGUUGUCUUGGUCAUGGCCUGGGCCUUGUUCCUCAACUCCUCUGAGGGUUGUGACCCUUUUCCUGAGUGUGCAAUCACGUGAGCAGGAGUUUGAUACGAAGUGGCUCCGACAGCUAAUGCCAGAGAGCCACAUACCCACCCUUCUGUCCUCCCAUAGCUAUCGGAAUCAAGCUCUCCAUGCCUGAGCUUUGGGAUCAGAGUGAUCAGUCAUAAUCCUUCCCUCCAAUUUUUAAAAAAUAGUUCAGGUUGUGUAAUUCUGUGACAUUCGUGCCCAUUUUUACAAAGUUUCCCAGACCUGAUGCUAAGAAUACAAAUUGUGCAAUAAACUUCGCUGAAUGACUGACCCAGAGUGGCCUGUUGUCCCCUUUGCUGCAGAUGGUUCUUUUGGGUAUCAAUUUUCUUCAAUUUGUUUGAAGCUGGUUGUACAGAAGGCACUGUAUUGUCAAUAAUAAACCCUUUCUGAAAGCUGGA